AUGAACAACCUUGCAAGACACUGUCCUUUGACGAGUUUGGAGGUGAAAGAAGCCUCGCUGGACAGGACUCUCAUGAGGCCUCAAGCCACCUACCACAGAGUCGACCUCAGGCUCCACUGCACUCUGGAGUCUGAGGUCGAGGCCUCCGGCUCGGGCUCCACAGCCAGCCUGUGGAGUCUGAGGCCGAAGUCUCCGACUUGGGCCCUUAAGGUCCGGGCUGGAGACCCGAGAUCGGAGUCCCCAACCGGCAACGGAAGCUCCAAAAGAAAGUCCGGCAGCGGCUCUGACCCUGCCGGACAAAACCAAAUACAAAAGGGGGAGGAGAAUACUUUAUUUAAAAUCAUGGUUCAGAGUGUCCGGUUCGAUGCCGCCCUCGGAGUACGACGUCGUCCGGCGUCCAUCCCGUCACAUCGCUCGACCUGA